GCGGAGCUUGAGAGUAGUUUGACUGCCAUGGACUGGCUUCAUCGCCUCCGUGUGGGAGGGGCGAUUAACGGGGGACACUUAGGGGUUGGGGAUGGAAUAACUAAAGCUGCCGGUGGACAAUUGGCAAUGAGGAAAGGACCUAAUUCCCCUUUGGAUACAAAUGCUAUGUAUGAAAACGGACAUGGACAAACGAACCUUCAGAAAGACGGUAAACCUCCAUACAGUUACGCGAAUUUGAUAACGUUUGCAAUUAAUAGUACAGGUAAAAAGAAAAUGACACUCAGUGAAAUAUAUCAGUGGAUAUGUGAUAAUUUUCCUUAUUAUAAAGAAGCAGGGAAUGGGUGGAAGAAUUCAAUACGUCAUAACUUGUCAUUAAAUAAAUGUUUUUUAAAAGUUCCCAGAUCAAAAGAUGACCCUGGAAAAGGUUCAUAUUGGGCAAUAGACAGUAAUCCA